UCACGAGUCUCUAGGAAAAACGGCAAACACUACAUCGCAUCUUCUCCAAGACUCGUUUACAAGAUCACCACAGCUCAGUUGCUCAGAUAAAGACCAGACCUUCAAGAUGCCUGCCGUCAUUGAGCACUCAGUCACCACGGAGGUCCCUGGACCUAUCUCCAAGGCCAGCGCCAAGAAGCUCGACACCUUCUUCGACGCCCGCGCCAUCCACUUCGUCGUCGACUACGACAAGAGCUCCGGAAACUACAUCGUCGACGUUGACGGCAACAAGUACCUCGAUGUCUACUCCCAGAUCGCCUCCAUCCCGGUAGGCUACAACAACCCCACCCUCAUCGCGGCCGCCAAGUCCCCCGAGAUGAUCUCCGCCCUCGUCAACAGACCCGCCAUCGGCAACUUCCCCUCGGGCGCCUGGCACGACCUCCUCCAAGACGGCCUCAUGAAGGCCGCCCCCGAGGGCCUCAACCACAUCUUCACCGCCCAGUCCGGCUCCGAGGCCAAUGAGCUGGCCUACAAGGCCGCUUUCAUGCUCUACCGCCGCCGCGAGCGCGGCGAGGCCGAGUGGUCCCACGAGGAGAUCCACUCGUGCUUGCACAACACCACGCCCGGUUCCCCCGAGCUGGCCAUCAUGAGCUUCAAGAACUCGUUCCACGGCCGCGGCUUCGGCAGUCUGUCCACCACGCGCAGCAAGGCCGUGCACAAGCUCGAUAUCCCGUCCUUCAACUGGCCUCAGGCUUCUUUCCCCGCGCUCAAGUACCCCCUGGACAAGUACGCGGCCGAGAACGAGGCCGAGGAGAAGCGCUGCCUGAAGGAGGUGGAGGAGCUGAUUCAGAGCUGGCACUGCCCUGUUGCUGCUGUUAUCGUUGAGCCUAUCCAGUCCGAGGGCGGUGACAACCACGCUUCCCCCGCCUUCUUCCAGGGUCUGCGCGACAUUACGCAGAAGCAUGCUGUUGUCAUGAUUGUUGAUGAGGUCCAGACUGGCUUUGGUGCCACUGGCAAGUUCUGGGGCCACGCUCACUGGAACCUGACCUCCCCUCCCGAUAUCGUCACCUUCUCCAAGAAGGCCCAGACUGCCGGCUACUACUUUGGCGACCGCAUGCUGGUCCCCGACAAGGCCUACCGCCAGUUCAACACGUAUGUUCCUCCAAAUGUCCUCAUGUCUCUUCAAUCGUCGCUAACGAACCUGUAGCUGGAUGGGUGAUGCCGCCCGCGUCAUCGUCUGCAAGGCAGUCAUUGACGAGAUCCGCGAGAAGAAGCUCGUGGAGCAAACCGUAAGUGAACUAUUCCAGAAGCAUGAUGACUUACAACUCACACGUGUCACAGGCUCGUGUUGGUGAAGUCCUCUACGCCGAGAUGGAGAAGCUCGCCCAAAAGUACCCUGACCACGUCAUGAAUCUUCGCGGCAAGGGCCAGGGAACCUACGUCGCCUUCGAUACCCAGAGCGCGGCGGCCGUCACGGGCUCGAUGAAGCGCCUCGGCGUCAAUAUUGGUGCUUGCGGCAAGGAGACCAUCCGUCUCCGCCCCAUGCUCAUCUUCGAAGAGGCACAUGGUGAGUCUUCUGAAGAAAGCCUACCAUAUCUUAUAUGACCAAAAGUCUAACAUGCAUCUCCACAGUUCCCAUUUUGAUCUCUGCAUUUGAGAAGACCUUUUCUUCAUUGUAAACAACA